GCUGCUUGUUUAAAAGUCGAAACGGCUCAAUCCAGAAGGUGGCAGUAGUCCACAUAAAAGAUGUUUGCCAACCGACAUUAAACGAAAAGAAGAAGUCGAAGUCAAAAUGGCUUUGUCGGCUACAUGCAGUAGGUCAGUCCCAUUAGUCAAACGCAAGAUUUUGUGUUCUUUUAGGAAAGCUUGUCUGUUGUUUUCGACUAAUGACACUAUUUUAGCUGACCAGAGGAAACCACCAUCAAAGAAACGGUGGAGAAAAAGUCACAAGAAACUUCCCUGGAAUGAUGAUCUGUCCUGGGAGGAAAGGCUGGCUGAUGUGGUCACCCCUCUGUGGAGGCUGAGCUAUGAUGAGCAACUUGAGCUCAAGCAAAAUCACCAGGAAAAGAUUCUUUCUCAGCUCUGCGGACACCUUGCAGGUGACUUCCACUCACAGUCCUCACCUGUGAAAGGUAAACUCACCUUCCCUGUCCUGCCUAUUCUGCCAUCGCCAGUUAGGGAUGGCUACCGCAACAAGUCUACGUUUUCUGUCAACAGAGGAUUGGAUGGAAAUCCAAAGACCGUUGGAUUUUUCGUGGGCACGGGCAGGGAGGGAAACAUUGUCUGCGUCAGUGGAGACCACCUGCUCAACAUGCCGGAGAAGCACAAACGGGUUGCCAGAUGCUACCAGAACUUCAUCCGCCUCUCUUCCCUGGAGCCCUGCCUGCUGUUCCACACUGGGGGUCACUGGAGAGAGGUCACAGUGAGGACCAACUCAGAGGGACACACCAUGGCUAUAGUGUACUUUCAUCCGCAGACACUCACCCCAGAAGAGGUGGCAGUCCAUAAGGCUGACCUGGUAGAUUACUUCACACAGGGCCCUGGAUCAGUCUGUCAGUUGGACUCCCUGUUCUUCCAGGAAAGCAACAUGACUCGCUGCACUCAUGAAGAAUCCCCCUACCAGCUCCUGCAUGGUCAGCCACACAUAUAUGAGGAGGUGCUGGGCUUCAAAUUCCGCAUCUCUGCUGAUGCCUUUUUCCAGGUGAAUCAGGCUGCUGCUGAGGUGCUCUAUGGCACAGUGAGAGACUGGAGUGUCCCAAACAUUGAGCAAGGUGGAGGAAGAACAAAUGGUGGUGGUACACUGCUAGAUGUCUGCUGUGGGACAGGUGCUAUUGGCAUUACUGUAUCCCCCAAAGUGGACAGAAUUAUCGGUAUAGAGCUCAUAGAACAGGCAGUAGACGAUGCGAGACACAACGCAGCUCUCAAUAAUGUACUGAACUGUGAGUUUAUCCCUGGGAAGGCAGAGGUGGUGCUUCCAGCCCUCAUGUCUCAAUUGAGCUCAAUGGGUGGAGGCCUUACGGCUGUGGUAAACCCUGCUCGGGCUGGCCUGCACCACAGAGUGGUCAGAGCUUUACGAAACCAACCUUCUAUCCGUCGGCUCAUCUAUGUUUCCUGUAAACCAGAUGGAGAGGCGAUGAGGAACUUCAGGGAACUUUGUUGUGCACCCAACCUGCAGAAAAAACUCACAGGAGAAGCUUUCUCUCCAACUCUGGCUGUGCCCGUGGACAUGUUCCCACAUACUCCUCACUGUGAACUGGUGCUACUUUUUGAGAGGUAGCAAAUAUUGUUUUAUUCAGAUCUGGGCGUUAAACCUCCACCAACAACGCAGGUUAUCUUAGAAAGCUAAAAGGGAGCUGAAUAAUGAUGUAUGCAUGUUAGAUGAUAAUGGGUUUCAUUAGACGGUCAUUUUUGUUUGCACCCCAUGUUGAACUGGUUCUUCGUCUGCCCUGCAGUAGCUGCAUUUCUGCAGUAGGCGGUGCCAUUGCAACUUCUUUGGCUCCAUCUCUCCAGGAAGCAAGGUCUUAAAACAGCUGUUUCAUAGUUGCACAAUGUCUUUGUAGGUUCAUCCCAUUCAUUCAUUCAAGUUCACUAACGGUCAUGACAUAAUGUGUGUACAGUAUGAGCGACUGAGUUUUGUUCCUGAGAGGUUACUGCCGUUUAUGUGAGUUCACACAUUGCGACAAGGUGGCCUUGGUUUGAAGAUAGGAUGUUUCUUUAUCUCCUGAGUGAAGUAAUGGGAUGAUAUUGUCCAUGCACAAAAUUAUCCGGGCUAUGUUAGGGUAAGCAGUAAGUCAGGGGAAUUCACUUUGUUUAACCCCUACAGUGAGUGCCAGACUGCUGAGAAUCAUAUCAGUGAACAGUCUCAAAUUUUACUUAUUUCUGCUUCUGUUCAGCAAACUUUACCAAAGCUGAACAUUUGAAAAAAUGUAUUUUGUUCACAGUACAUUUCUGUGGUGUCAUCUGCUUGAAAUCAGAACUUUUUUUUAGAGGUAUAGUAAUCACAUAAUAGCUGCAAAGUCCCACUUUAUUUCUCAUUUUCCCUAAACAGUUUUCUGUCUAUUCUGUCUUUUGACCACUGAUGUCAAGAUCUGAGGGGAAAAAAAUAAUGUCCUUCACACCCUCGCCAGACUAGACUUGUUUUGAAAUUGGUAAUCAAAGCUUGCAAAACAACAACCUUUGCAUUUGAAUCCCACAGUGUCUGCAUUUGUUAGGAAAAGACUGACAUGGGAGGGGAGGUAAAGGGCACAGACAUAUGAAAGCAAAUUUCUUAAUGACCACAUACCGCAUGACAUCAUGGUGUAAUAGGACCUGACCUAUGUGUUUGCAACCUGCUGCAGCGUUUCAUCAGAUUAAAGAGUCAUAUUAAGAUCAAGAAGUUGAUAUGAUCGAUUGGGCAACGAUUAUGGAUUGAUGGUGAAAAAACAAACGGAGGGCGGUAAACAUCAGUUCAGC